CUAGCUCUCCUCUCCUUCUUCUUCUUCCUCUCCGGCAGCAAAGCAAAGCAAAGCGAGCUAGCUCCCCUUCAUCAAGCCAGCAAACCUCACACCUCCUUUGCUCCGAUCCUAAUCAAGGGUUAAGCCUCCUAACAAAAUGGGCAGCUUGGACACCAACCCAAUCUCCUUAUCCGCCUUCCCCGACGACAAGGCGGUGUUCAAGCCGCUCAACCCCGAAGAUGUCCGCGCAUACCUCCACAAGGCCGUCGACUUCAUCUCCGACUACUACACCAAUAUCGAGUCCAUGCCAGUUCUCCCCAACGUGAAGCCGGGAUACCUACAAGAUGAGCUCAGCGCAUCCCCACCGACCCCUUCUGCGCCGUUCGACGUGACCAUGAAGGAGCUCAGGGCCUCUGUUGUCCCUGCCAUGACGCACUGGGCUAGCCCCAACUUCUUCGCCUUCUUUCCCUCCACCAAUAGUGCCGCUGCCAUCGCCGGCGACCUCAUCGCCUCUGCCAUGAACACCGUCGGAUUCACGUGGCAGGCCUCGCCUGCGGCCACCGAGAUGGAGGUUCUCGCUCUUGACUGGCUUGCGCAGCUUCUGCACCUACCCACCACAUUCAUGAAUCGCACCAGUACUGGAAGUGGCACCGGCGGUGGUGUCAUCCUUGGCACGACCAGCGAGGCAAUGCUCGUCACGCUAGUCGCCGCCCGUGACGCGACAUUGCGUCGGAGCGGCUCCAUCGGCGUGUCCCUCCUGCCACGCUUGGCUGUCUAUGCUGCCGACCAGACACACUCCACUUUCUUCAAGGCAUGUCGGCUCGCAGGCUUUGACCCCGCCAACAUCCGCUCCAUCCCUACCGGGCCCGAAACUAACUACGGGCUCGACCCGGCCAUGCUUCUCAAGGUAAUGCAAGCUGAUGUCGACACUGGUCUCGUGCCAACAUAUGUCUGUGUCACGGUAGGAACCACGUCUUCCAACGCCGUCGACCCUGUGGGCGCCAUCGCCGACAUCGCCGCCUUGUUCAAUGCAUGGGUCCAUGUCGAUGCUGCCUACGCUGGCAGCGCGUGUAUCUGCCCGGAGUUUCGCCACUAUCUCGAUGGCGUCGAGCACGUGGACUCCAUUAGCAUGAGCCCACACAAAUGGCUUCUCACAUGCCUCGAUUGCACCUGUCUCUACGUCCGCGAUGCUCACCGACUGAGCGACUCGUUGGAGACUAACCCGGAGUACCUCAAGAACGAUGCUACCGAGUCCGGUGAGGUCACCGAUCUUAAGGACAUGCAGGUCGGCGUUGGUCGGCGCUUCCGUGGGCUCAAGCUUUGGAUGGUCAUGCGCACCUAUGGUACCGCAAAGCUCCAAGAGCACAUCCGUAGUGACGUCGCCAUGGCCAAGAUGUUUGAAGACUUCGUCCGUGGCGACAACAGGUUCGAGGUGGUCGUACCCAGGAACUUUGCUCUUGUGUGCUUUAGGAUCAAGCCAAGUGGAGCCAUGACAGAAGAGGAUGCCGAUGAGGCCAACCGUGUACUAAUGGAGAAUCUGAACAAGACUGGCAAGGCUUAUCUUGCGCACACAGUGGUUGGUGACAAGUUCGUGCUCCGGUUCGCCAUUGGGUCGUCAUUGCAGGAGGAGAGGCAUGUGAGGAGUGCUUGGGACCUCAUCAAGAAGACUGCAAACAGUAUCAUGGAUUAAGUGGACGGACCAACUCACACAGAGAGUUCCAUGAGCUGCACAAAUCCCAAUAUUUAGGGAAUUACUAUUAUUUUCAAAUUAUUUUCUUUUCUUUUGGUUUGAUCGUGAUUAUUAUAUUUUUUGGACAGCAGGUUCUUAUUUCGUUUUGUGAUCUAUGACGACCAAGGGUAUAUCUGUAGCAUAUGAUUCAAAAAAAAGUGAUUAUAAUCUGUAAAAGGGCUUAUAUUGAAUGAAGAAAAGUUGUUGUUUUUUUUGUUACUAUACUUUGGUAGUGAAUGAGAAAUGCAUCCCCACACAUCUCGAUCAAUCAAGAAAUAUGUACGUUGCACUCAUUUGGUUUGUACGGUUCAAGAUGCCAGACCAAAGCCAUACAAUUCCAUCUCCAUAGGCCAAAUUGAAACGUGGUUAUACUUGCAUCUCUCAAUGGUGUUUGGACCGCAACACCAGCAAUAACACAGCAAAUUAAAACACAUGGCCAGAGUUUUGACAGGGACGUAAGUAAUUGAGUGAUCGACUUAAUUUGCGCCCAACAUUCGAUGUGUCCAUAUCUCCCUGAUAUAUUAUGUUCGAUGUGGGAUAUUUGAUAUCUACAUGUUGUUGCUUGCACUGGGAGAGGAUUUGUGACAUGCAAGUCUCAGGGCACCGAGUACCUCGUGCGUGUUUUUAUUUUUGGCUUUCAAAAUUUCUAAAGUUUUAUAUCUUUGAAAAGUCCAAAUUAAGUGUUGUUUUCAUAUUUUGUGGGCUUUCAAAUAAUAUCCAUUUAAAAUAUGUUUUGAUGAACUUUAAAAAUAAAUGUUAAGUUUCAACUCUUGUAACUUAGUACGAGUGACAGAUAAAAUCAUGAUUUUUGUGCCUGCAAUCGACCAAAAAAAUGUCCUAAAAAAUUAUUUAUGAAACUUGGUAAGAGUGAGCGAGAAAAUCAUAAGUUUCAGUUCUAAAAUCACAAGUUUCAACGAUUGAAACUUGAAAGUUAUUGUGCCCUUGUGCGGGAUCCUAUUUCAUGAAUCGCGAGACGAUCAAGCUGCUGGGCAGAUGCGCACCCCUGCGAAUUUUCAGCUCUGCGAUUACAGCUUGAGAAGAGUGAGUAACUUUUUUUUGAGGUAGAGAAGAGUGAAUACAUUAUUCUUAUAUGACUUGAUCGGUACUGACGAUAGUUGGCAUCUGAUCCUGGCCAGCAGCAAUCAGUUUGCAUGCAAUCUCUCUCCACGCGUUACACGCUGCGCGUUUUCCACGAGGGACUCGUACGAGACGGAAUA